CCAGUGGGAGUUUACUCGCAGCAAGGAGGCGACGGAGCUGUCAAACACCAACAAUCGUCUGAAAUAUUAUCCCAGGCGGUACAAAAACAUCGUACUUUGCUCUUUUGUGGAAACCAGAACGACUGAAACAGACUUAAAAUUCAUCCUUUUUGACUUUUAAACGGUGGCGACGACCGAAAACACCCCCCAGCGAUCUGUUUUAUGCGCGUUGGUGGAUCGUAGCUCUUUGCUCGGCUCGAGUUUUGUUGACAAACUAGCCACUCAGCUAGUCAGUGAGCUAGCUGCGGUACCAACUUUGCUGCUGUCGUUUUUGGGGAUCAGUGCUACCCGGGAAAAGACAUGGGACCCCGGCUUGAACUGUGCCUGCAGACAUCUCUGUGAAAUGUACAGACAGGUCUCCAAGAGCUCAGUGACUCUACAUCUGUCAAACAUGUGAAAACCCUCUCCUCCUGGUGGAUUCUCCAGCUGUAAGCCGUGAGGAACUGGACUAGUAGGAAACAUCUUGGAUCAUACCAGGGUGUGUCAUCAGGGGUGCCCUAAACACCAUUUUAAAACUGAAGUCUAUGUGUGUGACGUGUUUUCUCCCAGGACACAAACUGAGUAAAUUCAGCGUCGCUGUGAACCUAUUCAAACAAUCUAGUCCUCUUGUCAUGUGGGUACAUUGCAGAAUAAAGCCCAUAUUACCCUCACUGGUAUCACUAUAUUUCACAUCACCAUGGACCGGAAUAAACGCAACUCCAUUGCUGGGUUUCCUACACGACCAGAACGCAUCAACGAGGACAGAGACGGUAUUGGAGGGGUAGGAGGCGGCGAGAUGGGCAUGGGCCCGCCUUCACAGGUGGGCAGGGUGUGGCCAUCAUCCUACAGAGCCCUCAUCAGUGCCUUCUCCUGUCUUACACGCCUUGAUGACUUCACCUGUGAGUGGAUUGGCUCUGGAUUCUUCUCUGAUGUCUUCAAGGUACGGCAUCGAGCUUCAGACCAAGUUAUGGCUCUGAAGAUGAACAAGCUCAGCAGCAACAGAGCUAACAUGUUGAGAGAGGUCCAACUGAUGAACCGGCUUUCCCAUCCAAGCAUACUCAGGUUCAAGGGAGUGUGUGUCCAUGAGGGCCAGCUUCACGCACUGACAGAGUACAUCAAUGGUGGAAACCUAGAGCAGCUCCUAGACAGCAACAAACACCUGAGCUGGCCCACGAGGGUGAAACUGGCCUGUGAAAUCGCCAGUGGUCUGGCCUACUUGCACUCCAAAGGCAUAUUCCACCGGGACCUCACCUCCAAGAACUGCCUGAUCAAAUGUGACGAGAACGGCUACUCAGCAGUGGUGGGAGACUUUGGCCUGGCAGAAAAAAUCCCCACCAAUGCUGCUGAACGAGAGAAGCUUUCAGUCGUCGGUUCUCCUUUCUGGAUGGCUCCAGAGGUGCUGAGAGAUGAACUCUACAAUGAGAAGGCCGACGUAUUCUCCUAUGGUAUAAUCCUGUGUGAGAUCAUUGCAAGGGUCCAGGCCGACCCUGACUUCCUUCCCCGCACAGAGAACUUCGGCCUGGACUAUCACACGUUCCAGCACAUGGUUGGAGACUGUCCGCCUGACUUCCUCCAGCUGGCUUUCAACUGCUGCAACAUGGACCCUAAACUCCGUCCAUCCUUCCCAGACAACGUCAGGAACCUCGAGGAGAUUCUUGCACGCCUUAAGGUUGAAGAGAUGCAGCACGAGUGUGUACCACUCAGCGGGGACAAUGACAAGAAGAGCAUACCCAAAGGUGAGAAGAUCCAGGGCUUCAAGCGACUGAACCCUCUCGGCUUCCAGGAUGAUAAAAUCCCUCCGAAAUCACCCCGCCCCCGUCGAAACAUCUGGCUCAGCCGCAGCCAGUCGGACAUCUUCUCCUGCAAACCAGGAAGAAAAGUCAACGUCCAGGACCCUUACUACAACCCCCCCAUCGCUCAGCGAGCCUCUAAAGUCCGCAAGGUCAACCCGUUCACCGCCCGAGAGGACCUGUGCGGGGGCAAAAUCAAGUUUUACGAUGUGCCCAGCAAGUCCGUCUUCUCGCUGAUGUUUGACCUCCACUCACCUCCAGGGAGUGCGUUCAGUAACCAGCCGUCCGCUCAGGGACCUGGAGGACCCCUACAGGAGGCUUACUACUGGCAACAGCUGCCAGGAAGACAGUGUCACUCCUUACCGGUGUCCCCCCAACUGCCCCGCUCCGAGAUCUUCCACCUCGCUGCUGCUAUUAGCUCCAAUAACAACGGUUCUGUUACCUGUAACUCCAGCCAGCUCUCCACAACGCUGCCAGCAGCUAACUCCAGGUCUGACGCAGGCCUGAUGGGAAAUGACGUCCGACAGAAGGCAGCGCUGUGCGGCUGGGCGAAGAAAUUCGUCGUGGUUGAGAUCCCACCUUACUGCAGGCAGAGAGGAGGGGAGGAGGAGGAUGGAGAGGUAGACGGGAGGAAGGAGGGAAACGAGGAGGAUGAGUUUGGGGAGAGCUGGUCUCCGAUGGUCCCCAGCAGUGAGAGAGACAGUGGAGAGGCCAUGGACUGCUCCAGCAGCCUGGAGGAAGAGGCUGAACGACAGAGAGGGACAGACACCUCCCCCAUGUAACACACAUGUAAAUCCACACACGCACACAAACAUGGAAGAGGUGUUGGAUUUGGACAGGAGGAGGGGGGGACUGUUACCCCUGGAUUGUGGACAUGGAGGCAGCCGGGAACUUGUUAAAAGUAGACUGACAGACUGGACACAUUUCAAAAGAUUUUGAGAGAAUAAAACGUAAAAAAAAAAAGAAAAAGAAAAGAAAAAUCACUUGAUUUUUAUCUUUCAGGUGAAUGUAUCACAUGUUGAUUAAUAAAUCAAGCACACCUGAUGUUAAGAAAUAACUAUCUUUCAAAGAUAUUAUCACCCAGGUGUGACAGGACAAGUCUCCAUUUAGCACACAAAAAAAAGCUUUUAUCAACACAAUGGACACUCUGCAUAGAGAUUAUUUUUUUGAAAAGGUUGUUUAUAUUUAAUAUUGUAAGAUGAUGUAGAUUUUCUUUUUUCCUUUUUAAAGGUUUCUCAUAUUAGGUGUCUUUUGUCUAUGACGAGGAGUAUUGCCGAUCCGUUGUGUUGUGUAUGCAAGUGUUUAAAAAUCAGCUUGUGUUUUGAUACUUUUCCCUGUGUUCUUUGUUAGACAAAUGUUUAUACUAAAUCACAAAAAAAAUCCCAUAUUUUUCUGAUCAACACACUGAUAUUCAGAUGAGAAUUGACUGAUUUAUAACUGAGUGCCUGAACCAGACUGCAGUGGUAAAUUAUUUAACACCAACAACUCCAACUAAUUCACAGCGAACUCUGCCUGGCAACAGCAAUAGUGGAUUAUAGAGAGGAGAUGGUUGUAGUUCACAGUCUUUCUCUUUUAUAUUCAAGCUUAAGUAAUAGCACGGCAGUUCGGUAGCUACUUCAUAAUAUAGCGGUUAUAUCUGGUUUGGUCAGAGACACCAAAUCAGCCACCACUCAACAGUCAAAGCAGAGCAUUCAUAGGCAGUGUUGUCCAGAACAAAGACUGUAGGCAGACAUGGAUGUUGUGGAAAAGGACCUUUUUUUGUAUUUAAACGUUGCUGCUUGAAAGCCAAUCUUCAAAUCUCAGAUGUAAGAGUUUACUUGAACGCACCACAAAAUAGUCAAGAGUCAUUUUGUUGAUUUUUGCUCCCGUUAAGUGCACACACCUAAAAUCAUGAUGACAUUUGUCGGGGGUCUGAACCAAACAAACAUGUUUUCUUGUUAUCUGGAGGAGAUUUAUAGGCCGGGGAAUCUCUGCAGCACUACAGUACUUCAUUAAAAUGCUGUCUUGACGCAUUUUACCUUUACCAAAAGAUUGCAGCUUCUGCGAUCUGAUUAUUGCACUUGCCAUAUUGCAGUUUUGAUACUAUUUUGAUUAACUGUGCAGCCCUACGUUAAAGCAACUCACUUCAUCUUCAGAAAUGAAACUCAUGCUGUUCUGCUUGUUCUGUCGCUUUAAAGUCAAAACUGAAAUAUAUACAAACAAGGGGAUCCCUGAAGAUUGGAAAUCAGUCUUGAUGAGCUGUAAUGUAAAUUAUACAUGAACUAUAUACAACAAAAGAUAAUUCACUGUCAAAAUACUGCACGUACAGUAUUUCCUGAAACAGUGUUAUGAAAUGACUUUGAAAUGAUUUUCAUGUCUUCCAGAAAGUUGCUAUGAGCUCAUUGUUUCAGUGUGAUGCUGGCGCUGAGAUGACGCGAGGCUUUCCUGGUAUGACUACGCAGUGCCAUGCAUGCUGUCUGCUGCCCUCAUUUUGUACUGUCCCAUAAGGGGAAGAGGAAGUUUAGCAAUGAUUUAAGUCAAAUUUAAAAAAGUAAAACAUACUCAGACAAAAACUAAACUUAAUUUCCUUUUCAGACCGUCAAUCCGAGUGUCUUAAAGAAGAAAUAAACUGAGGAACUUAAUUUAAAACGCAAAAGAGACUUCAGUUAAUGGAAUGACUCAGACGCAGCUUCAGUUGGACGAACAACCUUUUGAUUUGAGAGAAACAGAACAACCUGCUCUUUCAGUUUUUUUUCAUUCGGAUGUGCCUGAUGUUUAAAAAAAACAUCAAAAUGUCAAAAAAAUAUUUGUUCUAUUACAAAUUAUUAUUAUUUAGUAAAUGUAUUUUGACUUUGGAGUAAAUUCUAACUUCAGUUUUCUUUAAAAAGAUGGUACAACUUAAGUUCAAGGGGUCAGACUAUGCUUUAAAUUCAAUGUAUGUUGUUUUUAAUUGGAGCACAGGCUGAAUGUCUCUGACACACUCCCUCAUGUGGCUGCCACUAACAUUUGGUUCAAUUUGUCUCAUUAAACUAAAGGUCUCAUGACAUUUUCUACUUUUAUUAGCACACUUCAGAUGUGAGUAUUAUUGAGUCUCAUUGGGAAGGUUUGUUUAACAUCCAAAUGGUUUUCAGUGUUAGUCUGAAUGACUGUUAUAAGAUCAGAUUUAUAUUUGUUUCUCUGCUCCAGUACGUCAUUGUGAUGUUCUCAGUCCGAUCACUUCAAUAGGAACUAAAAUGCACUUGUACAGCGAUAUAUACAGUGAUUUCCUCUGAACUUCUCUUCACUACCUGUCUAUGCAACCAAUGUAACUUUUAUGACAGUGUUUUACAGUAUAAAGGAUCUAAUUUGAUAUUUAUGGGAAAACAUUUUUAAUGUCUUACAUUUGUAUAUUUGUGUAAAAUGUUUGUGCUACUUGCCCUGAUGAAUACAGACUGAGAUGUUGUUGCUGAUCGAAUAACAAA